AUGGCUUCUCAAGCGCCACUACCAACUCUAGCCGACCGCGUCGCCAUCGUUACAGGCUCAAGCAGAGGCAUCGGCCGAGGCAUCGCCCUCGAACUCGCCCGUCGCGGCGCCAAAGUGACAAUAAACUACGCCAAGCCAUCGUCAGCCGCCGAGGAAGUUGUUAAAGAGAUCCAAGCAUUGGGUUCGGAUGCCAUUGCCGUCCAGGCAGACGUUACUAGCCUAGCUGAGAUUGACAAGAUCUUCGCUAAGACCGUCGAGAAGUGGGGCCGCGUAGACAUCGUCGUUAGCAAUAGCGGCGUGGAGUCGUUCGAGCCCGCGGUUGACAUUACCCCGGAGCGCUUCGAUCAUGUCUUCCACAUUAAUACGCGCUCGCAAUUAUUCGUCGCCGUUGCGGGAUUCCGCUAUAUGAAGAAGACAGCGUCACCGUAUGCGCGUCGCAUCAUCCUCACGUCAAGUAUUGCCGCUCGAAUCCUAGGCAUCAAGGACCACGCUCUAUACGCUGGCUCGAAGUCUGCCGUCGAAGGCAUUGUCCGUUCCUUGGCCACGGAUUUCGGAGCAGAUGGUAUCACGGUGAACGCCAUUGCGCCGGGAGGCGUCAAGUCAGACAUGUUUGCUGAGAUGGCUACGCACUACAUCCCGGGAGCUGAUAAGACAUGGUCGGCCGAGAGGGUGGAGCAGGCUAUGUCAAGCGCAUGCCCAAUGGUUUCGUGGUUGGCUGGUGACAAUUCAGAAUGGGUUACUGGCCAAGUUAUCUUAGCUUCUGGGGGGUCGUCUGCUUGA